CUCAAUAGGUCUUAUAGUCCAGUGAACCAAUCCUUUACACUUUACUCGAACUUAUAUUUGGGUUGGUACAAAAAGACAACAACAACAAUGAUAGUCAUACAGACAAGACCUGUUUAAGAUUAAUAACAGCUUUUGUUUAAGAUUAAUGGUAGCUCUUGGUGAACCAUCAUAGCAUUGAGCAUUUUCGAUUUUGACAAGUGACGCAGUUCUACUGCAAAAGGCAAUCCCGACUGAUGCAUGAGCGCAAUUAGCUGCAAUUACACAUCUCGCCACAUCAAAAGCAUUCCGUUUGUAAUUCCCUCGGUUCUUGGCAUAUCCCUCGAUUCGAUGGGCCCGCUGUUGCGUGCGGCCUCCAAUUUUUACAUAUUAAUUCGCGACCGUGGAUUGCAACGUUCAAAAGUGAUCAUUUUUCGGAAUUUCUCCUUCUUCCCUUCAUAACGAUAUAUGUAUACGGGUGUAGAUGUACACAAAUGGCUUAUUAAAAGCAGCUGCAGUUCGUUGGCAGGUCAUUGGAACCUUUGCAGUACUUGAAGUAGCACCGCACCACAAUGUUCAAAAUUAUCGCCAUUGUCGCCUGCCUAGUUGCCAUUGUUGUUGCCGAUGAGGAUGAAUACGAUACCCGACCAAGGUACAAGUUCGAAUACGGAGUCAAGGAUGGGCAUUCCCACGAUCACAAGACCCAGUGGGAAUACCGGAAUGGGGAUGUCGUGAAAGGACAGUACACUCUGGAUGAGGCUGAUGGUACUCAUCGCAUCGUAGAGUAUAGCUCGGAUCAUGAGAAUGGGUUUAAGGCCCAUGUUCAGCGCAGUGGAAACGCGUAUCAUCCACAUGGUGAGAGCUACGCCAACAUUGAUCAGCGGAGUUGAAGAAGAAGAAAAUGUCGUUUCGAGUUUAAUAAAUAAGUUGAUCCGUUAAUUAGCUAUUGUUUUCCUUGCUUGAAAGCAGUUAGUCCUGCUACCACUGAAGAAAGAUGUGUAAAGUUAUUGUUUCAGUGUGGUUCAAAUAUUGAACGUUUUGGG